AUGCGUUCUUUCAGCCUCCCCUGGAGGGUCCUGGUGACCACUCCUAUCACUCUCGCAGCCUUCAGCAGCCUGGCUCAAGGUGCACCCUCUGUGAAUGUCGCUUUGAAAGCGUCCUUCUCUUCUGCUCCCUAUUUGGUUGAGCUACUAGAAACCGCUGCCCUCGAGAACUCCUCUUCUUACUUCCCAUUACUCGAUCGCAUUGCCGACGGUGCUUUCACAGAUUUGCAGUCAGAACAAGAGCUGUACAACAAGUUCAUAGAUAUUCUACGACAAGACGGCCAUUUGGCAGACUCCGAAUCUCUCUCUUCCUUCAAGUUUGCUCUGGCACUUCAUGCUGCGGCUCCGAGGGUUGAGGCUCACUUCCAGUAUUACAACACAUCAGUCCAGCCCCAUUUACCUGCCGCACAAGAUGCUGCUUGCCCUGUUUGGGUCUAUUUGGAUGGCCAACAGUACUGUUCGCCGGCACUAGACCGCUCGCAACAACCAGUAGAUCUCCCAAGCGUCGAUGACCACCUUCCGUUUGAUCGUGUGUUGGGCCAGUCUUCAGAAACACCGCCAUCCAUUCUUUACGCCGAUAUCACUCACCCUUUGUUUGGUCAGUUUCAUCAAGUUGUCAGCCAGACCGCUCGCGAAGGUAAAACUUCAUACCGGGUGCGAUAUAGACCGUCAAAAUCACUAGAACCCAAGCCUCUUUAUGUCAGCGGCUAUGGAGUCGAGCUGGUUCUCAAGCGUACAGACUACAUCGUUAUCGAUGAUCGAGAUGCUAAGAGCGUCGAAUCCAAGUCGACUGAGAGCCAAUCGCUCGAAACCGCGGAGGAGGAAGAGCUGACUGACUUGAAGCCCUUGACCGCUUCAGAAGUUGCACAUCUAGGACUCAAGGCCGCCAGCAUUAUUGCUGCAAGUGCAAAUCCACUUGAUACCCUGCUUCAGAUAUCCAGUGACUUUCCCCGGUACUCCUCUCUGCUGGCUGCCUCAAAUGCCAGCAAAGACUUUGUCACUGAACAUCGCGCAAACCGUGAACAAUUCCUACCUUCGGGAUAUAAUGUUCUGUGGAUCAAUGGUGUGCAAAUUGAACCACGUCAGAUCAAUGCCUACUCCUUGUUGGAUCAUCUGAGACGGGAACGGAAAAUCAUUGCCAGUGUCAAGGACAUCGGUUUGACCUCUUCUCAAGCUAUCAGUCUGUUGUCCAGCGAGGUCAUUGCAGAGGCUCAGGCAAAUGAGAUCCCACAGCGAUUUGAUUGGCGUGAUACGACUGAGACCGACAAGGUACUAAUGUGGCUAAACGAUCUCGAGGUGGACAAGAGAUAUGCUGUCUGGCCAUCGACUCUACAUACUCUUUUUCAACGAGUCUACCCUGGCCAGCUACCCCAAGUUGCUCGAGAUAUUCAUAACCUCAUCGUUCCUUUGGACAUGAACGAGAUCAAGGACAUGGAACUCGCAGCAACCUCUUUACAAAGCCUUGUGAGGAGACUAGUCCCAAUAAGGAUCGCUCUGGUGCCUGUGGGCACUGGCGAGGUUGCAGAUGUUUAUUCCAAACUCUCCUUCCACGUCCUGGACACAUACGGGCUGGCAGCUUUGAUGAAUUUCUACUCGAAUGUCGUUUCGGCCAAAAAGUUGUCUGUAUCAGCCGCCGAGAAAAGCUUUGUAGUUGUCACCAAGGAACUUGACCCUCGAGAAGGCACAAAGGUCCUUUCAUUUGAAGAGAUCUUGAAAUCUGAAGAGGUCCAGCGUCGACUUGAUGCUCGUGACGCUUACACCGACCGACUUGCGAUACAAACUUCAUCCAUUCCAUUCUUAAUAAAUGGUGUCAUAUUGCCACGAACCGACAACUGGUUUGAACUCAUGAGCUCGCGCUUAUAUGCUGAUCUGCAACUCGUCCAACAAGCUGUCUAUCAAGAUGCAAUUCUCGAAGAUUCGUGGAUACCAGAUUUCUUCUUGUUUGGAGCCACCGCUCGCCGCAACCAACUGGUGUUUCCUCACGACGCCAAGGACAUCAAAAUUGUCGAUGUGAGCUCCUUGGCCACUUCUUAUGCUGAAGAAUUUGCCAGUCUACCACGUAUCCGUGGUUGGGAGGCCACUUUACUGAGCGACCGCGCCCACGUUCUCCUUGUGACUGAUCUAGGGUCCACAGACGGCAAAGCGUUGCUUUUGGAGGCGCUUGCACUACAGCACCAACGGCCACAUACAGACGUGGUCAUUCUACACAAUCCUACGCGUGAAACAGCUCCCGCUGAAGCCGCAUGCAACGUAUUCUCCAUGAUGCAGGAUGGUCGUCAAGAUGUGCAUCUUGAGAAGCUAUGGGAUAUUCUGAAUGGCGAACACGUCCCGCCUCCUCUCGCUGAAGAUAUUAUUCAAGCUUGUGAUAUACAUUGGACCGCCAAACAGGAUUUGAUUCGUGAAGUCGGCUUUGCCCCAGGUGAAAAUGGUCUAUGGGUGAACGGUAGGAUCAUUGGGCCAUUGUCAGGAGUGUUCGCCACCGCCGAUAUGGAAGCUUUGCUAGAUCUCGAACGAUCGGAAAGAAUCUCCCCAGUCACUACUGCAAUCACUGGUCUCGGGUUGGAGCAGCAGUUCAGUGAUGCUUUAGAUCUAGCCAAGGUUACAUCGCUGGUCGCACGCUCCCUCAAAUCCGAUCUCCCGGAAGGCAUGCGGGAAUCAGCACCACUGAUUCGCAUGGACCGUUUCAAGAGAUGGAAUGGCACAUAUACGACAAUUGACAUUGCUACCUCGGAGGAUCCAACUGUGCAAGUCGUGGCUGUACUAGAUCCUGCUUCUGAAGUCGUGCAGCAAUGGGUUCCCAUCAUUCAGACCUUAUCACAACUCAAUGGAGUGAAUGUCAAGAUCUAUUUGAACCCCAAAGAUAGAUUGACGGAACUUCCUAUCAAACGAUUUCUACGACAUGUUAUCAGUUCUGAGCCCUCGUUUGAUUCAUCUGGUUCGCUGUCAAACACGAGAGCCUCAUUCAACGGAAUCCCGAAGGACACACUGUUCAAUCUUGGUAUGAUUGUUCCUCCUUCUUGGCUCGUUGCGCCCCAAGACUCUAUCCAUGACCUAGACAACAUCAAGCUCAGUGGGCUGGCAGAAGGACAAAAUGUCGAUGCAACAUACGAACUCGAGCACAUUCUCAUUGAAGGCCAUGCCCGUGAUGUGACCAGCGACCCACCACCUCGAGGUGCACAAUUACUAUUGGGAACGGAAGAUGAACCCCAUUUUACAGAUACCAUCGUCAUGGCUAACCUAGGUUAUUUUCAGUUCAAGGCAAAUCCAGGAUAUUGGCAGAUAUCUCUGAAACCUGGUCGAUCGUCGAAAGUGUUUAACAUCGACAGCGUUGGUCCAAAUGGGUAUUCGGCUCAACCUGGCGAUGAGACCACUUCGGUUGCACUGCUUUCAUUCCAAGGGGUGACGCUGUUCCCUCGACUCUCUCGUAAAGCGGGAAUGGAAGAAGAAGAUGUCCUUGAGGCUGCAAGUGGACCAAUGGAUUACUUCAGCAAAGGUGCAUCAUUCGCUUCUUCUGCACUUUCGUCCCUUGGACUCGGAAAAGCAACAUCGACAAAUGCCGAGAUCAAUAUCUUUUCUGUUGCAUCCGGUCAUCUCUAUGAACGUAUGCUGAACAUUAUGAUGGUCUCUGUUAUGAAGCAUACCAAGCAUACCGUAAAAUUCUGGUUCAUCGAACAAUUUCUGUCACCAUCAUUUAAGGCGACUCUCCCCCAUCUUGCUGAACAUUAUGGGUUUGAGUUCGAAAUGGUCACCUACAAAUGGCCACAUUGGCUCCGCGGCCAAAAAGAGAAACAGCGAGAGAUCUGGGGUUACAAGAUUCUCUUCCUCGAUGUGCUGUUUCCUCUUGACUUGGACAAGGUCAUUUUCGUUGAUGCGGAUCAGAUUGUGCGUACUGAUAUGAUGGAACUGAACAAAGUGGACUUGAAAGGUGCUCCAUACGGAUUUACCCCUAUGUGUGACUCAAGGACGGAGAUGGAAGGCUUCCGCUUCUGGAAGCAAGGAUAUUGGGAGACUUAUCUGAGAGGCAAACCUUAUCACAUCUCGGCACUCUAUGUGGUUGAUCUAAAGCGUUUCCGGCAAGUCGCCGCAGGUGACCGACUCAGACAACAAUACCAGGCUCUCUCGUCCGAUCCAAACAGUCUCAGCAAUCUUGAUCAAGAUCUACCGAACCACAUGCAACACAACUUACCUAUCCAUAGCUUACCCCAAGAGUGGCUGUGGUGCGAAACGUGGUGCAGUGAUGAGAGCUUGACCAAGGCAAAGACGAUCGACCUCUGCAAUAAUCCACAGACCAAAGAACCAAAAUUAGACCGAGCCAGAAGACAGGUUCCAGAGUGGACGAUCUACGACGAAGAGAUUGCUAGUGUUAUCAAGGAUGCCAAGAUUGUGGAUCGUACUGUGCAAGAUGAUGUCCCGGAGAAAGUGGUCAGCGGUGAAGGGAAAAAACGUGACGAGUUGUAA